AUGCUGGAGUUUUUUCCGGACCAAGCUAAUGUCCUAGGCAACGCGAGGAAUGUCCUAGGCAGUAGUAAUAAACAGCAAAAUCAUUCAUUACUACAAUCAACGACUUUUCCGAGUCGUGCAGUUGUAUACGCACCACCUAGUGUAGUGCGUUUGGUGCCGACUAGUUGUACUUCAAGGACAAAACCACAGAAGCCUGCAGUAGGUGUCGUCUUGAAGAAAGACGCCCGCGAAGGUCGCCGGACGAGGUCAAAAGACCUGGAGAGGAAUCCUAGAAAGUUGUCAAAAACUUCGUCCGACACUGAGGGCGAUUUGGCUUCAUUCCUGGCUGCUUACGCCUUGCCGAUUGGAAUAAACACUGAGGACUCCACCACAAGUACUGGUACAACAUCGAAGCGGCAGAAUGAUGACAACACAGCAGUUGUUGAGGUCGUCGCGAAGGACACGGAAUCGCGUAAGAACCAUGAUGAGGAGGCUAGUUGUGAUCGGUCGGGUCACGAUGCUCAUGCUCAACAUGUCAUCAUCAACAACAUCUUCAAACAGGGUGCAAAUAUUGAAGAAUCGUACACGCAGGAAGUACCAGCACCACCGCAUACACCAGUGGAAGGGGAUUUGGAGAUGUCAUAGUAGUUCUUGCAUUGGUUCUUAUCACUUGAGUUUUGUUACUAUUUGUUGCAUGAGUUAUUUGAGUAUAGCCG